UGCUGACUGGCUCGGCAUGCAGGAUGGCUCUAGGACUCUGCCUAUCGGAACGACAACUUAACUGUUUUGGCUUUCUGCAUUUCUAAUACUCUUGUUUCAGAACUGUUGUCUAGGUCAGCGGAGCCUCUUUCUGGAACUUGGAGGCGUCUUUUCCUCAAUUAAUUCGAAUCGCCAAUACCGGGACCCCGGAUCCUUACCCAUGGCACUCCCCUUGUCGCAUCGUUGAUAUUGCAGCUUCCCGUUGAUGCGCGCGGGCCAGAGGAAUCAAUAUCACAAUGUCGAAUAUCGCGUCGGUGUCAGUGAGCAGGGUGUUCUACACAGCCUUGGUACUUGUUCUCUUCUCUUUUGUCCGGUGCACUUCACAGGAGAGGCUUGUGCCUCGAGAAGAGAUCAUGGAACAACAUGAUACACCGGUAGAACCCUUCCAACUACGACCGAUAUACCUAGGCGUUGAUCCUCGUCAUCAGACUUUGAGCUUUGCAGAUACUCUGUUCAAACGGGAUUGCCUCUCUAACGGCAGCAACUACUGUUUCGGGAAUUCGGUCGACUACUGUCCCAACUGCGGAACAUGUUGCGUGGACUCGGGCAAGCAGGUUUGCUGUGCUGAUGCGACGUCGACUUGCUGUGGAGGUGGUUGCUGUGCUGCAGGAGAAUUAUGCACUAAUGGGCAAUGUGCUUCACCCAUAGUUACUGUCACAUCUACAACCACUUUUACAUAUAGUAUCACGCAUGUGGCAACUGCACUUGAGAGCGUGAAAGUCCGGAUCGACGAGAUAUCUACUGUCAAUUCGGUAGUCAUCGUCACUGUUUCCAAUAUCGCUACCGCCACCGAGGUUACUUACACGACGACAACGGUGAUUGCGAGGCGUAGAAUCCCAGCUGAAGCAUCCUUGGUAGCCCGUGGCGAAGUUCUGGAAGCCACAGCCAACCCCAUCAGUCGGUUCUCGUCUCUGCUGAAAAGACUGGUAGGCCGAGCAACUGUGGCAGAUGAUGACCAUGAGCUAGCUAGUCCAUUUGCUCCGAGGUUUGACCCAGUUCCGUGGACGGACCAGCCGACUGGCGACGAUAUAGUUAAAGUUGCCAGGGCAGCAUCAACGACCACUAUUAUCGUAUCGGUGACUAGCAUGGUGGACGUCACUAAUACAAUCUCGAGUACAGUCACUGCCUCGACGACAUAUGUUUCCCUAACCACUUCCGUUCGAACUCAGACAAGGUGAGAAGUCCCCAGGCCACCACAUUUGGUAUAGAAGGGGCCAUUGAAGGCCCAUGCUUACUUUUUCCUAGCGUGGUCAACGCUCAAGCAACCAUCUCUGCAACCUCGACGAUAGUGGCUACAUUAAGACCACCCGUCACGAAAACCAGUACGAACUUUAGAACGAUCACUCCAACCGGCGUAUCGAGAACAUCGAGCUCAAACAACCGGACUCCAACUUC